AUGAAGCUCACCAUAGUCCUCAUUGCCAGCAUCGGCGGCGCCGCCGCGCAAGUCGGGAGCUUCUUCUCAUCCUGGAGCAGCAGCAGCAGCAGCAGUAGCAGUAGCAGCAAAAGCAGCACCGCUUUGAAGUCAAACACAACCGGCUCCUACCUCACGGCAACCGCAAUCGUAACCAACGCGCAAAACAACUCUGCUUUUCAAUGCUGGCGUUUCAAAAAUCCGCUCGAACCGCUUUCGACAUCCGGCGCGCUGCGCUUCGGGUUCAAUCUCUCUAACGCUGCCGCUGCCGAGUAUGUCGUCAUCCCGCCGCGCUUCGACGGUGGCGUGCAGCUUGCGCCUAGGCCAUUCCUCGGCAUAUACGCCUCCGGCCUCGCACACAUCACUCUCCCGUUCAGUGACGACGAGGCCUGGAUCCUCGGCGGCAAGAACGGGCUUCUCAUUGUGGCUGACCCAAUCGGUACUGGUCACCAUACGACGUAUCCGACGGACGAGACGACGGUGACGUUCGCGCUGCCGAUUCUGAAUGACGAACUCCCGGCGUACGAAGUGCUAAGUAAGGGACCAUGUUUUUACCACGGUACGCAAGUGGUAGGCGGGGGAUAG